AUGUCCAAGUGGCUCCGCUUCGUUGCAGUGCUGCUGCCAAUCGUUGCAUUGACCAGCAAGGCCAGCCCGCUGCCCGAGUUUGACCUCGAUGCGCUCGCCGAGCUGCCCACUCCCACCUCGAUCCCGGCCGAUGUCGCCUUCACCGUGAUCGACGCCGCCACUGCAGUCCAGUCGAUCCUCGCCACUGCCACGCCGGCCGCCGCCAUCAAGGACGACCUUCUCGAGGGCGCUCAGGAGGCCGAAGAGAACGCCGCUGCUCCCACCGUGUCGGUCACGACGCUGCGAAAGCGCGACGAGCCCAAGUCGCUCUACCCGAACCUGCCUGCCGGCAACUACGUCGACACUGCCCAGUGGCCCGCCGGCAACUUUACUCCGGCCGAGUUCCAGGCGUUUUCGCUCUACUCUACGGCCGCCAACACUGUCUCCGUCAAUGGCUGGACAAAGAGCUACACGGGCCUCAAGAGCGUGCGCGGCAACAUGCCCGCCGUGCUGCGGAUCAACACGGCCUCGGCCUGGGAUCCCGGCGCAAUGGCCGCCAAGUGCAACACCAUCACCGACUGCGUCUCCUUUGCCAUGUGGUUCGAGCGCACUCCGACCGUGGCGCCUAGCGACACCGUCCCCAACCCCGUCCCCGGCGUGUGGAUCAAGGUCCUCUUCUACGGCUACCCGCUCGGCCCCGCCGAUGCGACCAACGAGGGACAGUGGCAGAGGAAGUUCUGGCGCACCCAGGCCGGCGUUACGUUCUUCAACCGCAACAACCUCAUGUCGAAGCAGGUCCCCGGCUUCUCGGGCCCCUUUCGGCUGCCCGGCGCCAUCAACGUCACGAGCACGCAGGUGGCGGCCAACGGAGGCAUCGACCCGCAGAUGACCAAAUCGGACCCGAUGACGGGCAUCCCGGACCCGCUCGUCUGCAAGGCCCUCUGCGAAAGGUACACGGCCGACCCGGCCUACUUCAACGGCAUCAAGAAGAACUGCAACCAGUUCAACAUCUUCCUCCUCGCCCUCAACGGCCAGGCGACCGGAUGGCAGUGCCAGUACUACACAAACGUCUUUGGCGCCGAGGCGGCCACCGACAUGGGCGGCAGGGACUCGAAGGGCAACCGCGUCGAGGUCAUUGGCAGCUGGGUCUACAAUGCCGCCACCCAGCUUGCGCCCUACGUUCGGCAGGUGGUCGACUGCGGCCGCAAGAACAUCAACCACAGCGGCAACUGCACCCAGGUGCAGGACUGGUCCGUCUUCAUGGGAGACGACGCCGACACACUCGGCUUCAAGAGCUUCCCCACGCAGUUCGACUUCACUGCACGAACCAUCAACGGCUGGAAGAUCUCAGCCACCACCGGCCAGUUCAAGAACGAUCCGCAGGGCGCCUGCUCGACUUAUCCUGGAGCGGGUGCUCCCGGAAACGUGGCCUUGCCGGCGGGAUCGCACUACAUGGAGUGCUUCAGCGGCGUGACAUGGACGGCGCAGGGCUUCACCGCCGACCUCAUCUCGAUGACCGUGCUCAAGCCCGGCGUCAUCACGGCCUACCGCGGAGCGUUCAAGGUGGGCACCUUUAACGCGCCCGCCGGCAGGGACGUCAAGUUGCCCGACACCUGGACGGGGAUCACGGCGUUCUCCAACACUGGCAUCCUGCGCUUCACCGACUUCAAGAUGGUGCGACGCUACUCCUCUGUGCCCUUCAAGAAGCGUUCCGAGAUCGUCGUGUCUUUUGAGACGCGCGACGACGCUGCCGCUGCCGCUGCCGCCAGCACCGACGGCGCCGUCGGCGGCGAGGCGACGACGACGAUCCUGGGCUACGAGGGUGUCAUCUACGAGCUGCCCGGCGAUUGUCAGGCGGGCUUUGCCGCUCAGGGCCAGUGUGGCAGGGUCGUCACUGAUCCUGCCGUCAGCACGCUCGACAUGGCCAACCUCGAGGUCAUCACGGCCAGCCCCGACGACGCCGCGGGCGCCCCCGCGUCCGUCGACGCGACUCCGGCUGCUGAUCCCGCCGCAACGACCGACACGUCGACUGCCAGCGCUUGA